AUGAAUGCAUAUGAAUCAUCCAGGAUAUACAAGCAAAGGGUGAAGGCAUAUCACGACAAGAAGUUGCUGAAGAAGGACUUCCAGCCAGGCCAACAAGUUUUCUUGUUCAACUCAAGGCUGAAGUUGUUCCUAGGCAAAUUGAAGUCUAAAUGGUCUAGACCAUUUACUAUCAAAGAAGUGAAGCCACACGGAGCAGUGGAAGUAAUGGAUCCUGAGUCAACAACUCUUGAGAGAAAGUGGAUUGUGAACGGGCAAAGAUUGAAGUUGUACCAUGGUGGAAACAUUGAGAGAUUGACUACCAUUUUGCAUUUACAAGACCCUUAG